UCUCAGACAUCUGCUCGUGGAUGUUAAAACCCCGAGCACCUUUGGCAGGGACACUGAACUCUGAAACCUGCAGCACCUUGAAARGAGGAGCACUAUUUGGGAAGGAGUUUUUGUCCCAGGAAAAGCAGCAACUUCAACCCGUGUCCCAUGGGAGACAAGUGAAUCUGAAGUUAUAUAUUAUAUAAGAAGUAGGGGAUGACAGCAGUUUAUCAUUAACCUGAACUCUGCAAGAAGCACAUAAGGAGAGAAAGAAGAAGAAAGCCAGAGAAGCAGCCAGGAUGGAAACCAUCAUAAGGAUCAACAAUCCUGCGGAUAUCUCUGUUAUUGUCAUCUAUUUUUUGGUAGUUCUGGCAGUGGGACUAUGGGCUAUGUACUCAACCAACCGAGGCACAGUGGGAGGGUUUUUCCUGGCUGGACGCAGCAUGGUUUGGUGGCCGAUUGGUGCUUCUCUGUUUGCCAGCAACAUUGGCAGUGGGCACUUUGUUGGAAUAGCAGGAACAGCAGCAGCUGGAGGAAUUGCCAUUGGAGGAUAUGAAUGGAAUGCUCUGAUAUUUGUGGUGAUUCUAGGAUGGCUCUUUGUACCCAUCUACGUCAAAGCUGGGGUGGUGACAAUGCCAGAAUAUCUGAGGAAACGUUUUGGUGGGAAACGGAUCCAGGUCUACCUGUCAGUCCUUUCCCURAUCCUGUAUAUUUUCACAAAGAUCUCAGCUGACAUAUUCUCUGGAGCUGUAUUUAUACAGCUGGCCAUAGGGCUGAAUCUUUAUGUGGCCAUCAUUAUCCUGCUUUCUAUUACUGCUCUUUACACCAUCACAGGUGGUCUUGCAGCUGUGAUUUACACAGACACYUUACAAACAUUCAUCAUGGUAGUGGGAUCCUUUAUUCUCAUGGGAUUUGCAUUUGCUGAAGUGGGAGGUUAUGAGGCUUUCAUGCAGAAGUACAUGGAAGCAAUUCCAUCCAACAUCUCCUAUGGAAACACYGUGGUUGAUCCGCAGUGCUACACUCCCCGCAGGGAUUCCUUUCACAUCUUCAGAGAUGCUGUCACGGGAGAUCUGCCAUGGCCAGGGCUYGUCUUUGGCCUCAGCAUCAUUGCCAUGUGGUACUGGUGCACGGAUCAGGUUAUUGUUCAAAGAUGUCUCUCUGGCAAGAACAUGUCCCACGUGAARGCUGGCUGUAUCAUGUGUGGCUACCUCAAACUCUUGCCCAUGUUCAUCAUAGUGAUGCCUGGAAUGAUCAGCCGGAUUUUGUACACAGAUGUGGUGGCUUGUGUUGUGCCUGAAGUCUGUAAGCGCUACUGUGGCACCGCAGUGGGCUGUACAAAUAUUGCUUAUCCAAAAAUGGUAGUGGAGCUUAUGCCAAAUGGUCUGMGAGGUCUGAUGCUGUCAGUCAUGUUGGCCUCCCUUAUGAGCUCCUUGACUUCCAUUUUUAACAGUGCCAGUACUUUGUUCACCAUGGAUAUUUACACCAAAAUUCGGAAGCGGCCAUCUGAGAAGGAGCUGAUGCUGGCUGGCAGGGCAUUUAUGUUACUUUUAAUUGGCAUCAGCAUUGCCUGGGUUCCYGUGGUGCAGUCAGCUCAGAGUGGGCAGCUCUUUGAUUAUAUUCAGUCAGUAACCAGCUACCUGGGACCUCCCAUUGCUGCUGUUUUCCUGCUUGGUGUCUUCUGCAAGCGUGUCAAUGAGCAGGGUGCCUUCUGGGGCCUGAUUGUUGGGCUGCUGGCUGGACUGGGCAGGAUGAUUGCAGAGUUUGCCUACGGGACUGGCAGCUGUGUGGCCCCUUCCAACUGCCCCUUCAUCAUCUGUGGCAUYCACUACCUUUACUUUGCCAUGAUCCUCUUUGGGGUUUCUGCCAUUGUCAUCCUGGCAGUCUCCUUCAUGACCAARCCCAUUCCUGAUGUACAUCUUCAYCGCUUGUGCUGGUCCUUGCGGAACAGCAAAGAAGAACGGAUUGAUCUCGAUGCAGAUGAGGAGCAGGACAAAGCUGAUGAAAAAGAUGAUGAAUCAGUGAACGAAGCAAAUGAGGAGGACCCAGGAUGCUGCAGGAAAGCCUACAACUGGUUCUGUGGCUUGGAUCAACAGAAAGGCCCCAAACUGAGCAAGGAGGAAGAGGAGGCACUGAAAAAGAAACUGACGGACACGAGUGAAGUACCCCUGUGGAGAAACGUUGUGAAUAUCAAUGGCAUCAUCCUCUUGACUGUGGCUGUGUUUUGCCAUGCCUACUUUGCAUAACCCCUUGAUCACAGUCCUGAAAUGUACUGCAUUGCCAAGCAGAAACCAUGGCUUGUAGAUUUACAGAAUUAGAUACACACUGUAUUUUCAUCAUCGACAUUUGUAAAACAUCAGGGUGAUUUACUCACUGAUUUUGUGAUCAUAAUUUCAACAAACUAAAGAUGAAGGACACUGGGAUUUCAAGAGAGAGAAUUUCUUUUUAGACUUUGAACCAAUCCAGAGCUAGCUGAGGUUCAGAAUUUCCAUCCAAUAUUCUCUCUACUCGUGAUACAUUUCAUAUUUUAGUUUCAGAACAAGGCUGUGUGAGCCAUAUUUUAAAUCAGAUUUUGUGAACUGUCUUCUAGGGUUGAUGAUAUUAUUUUGAUUUUCAGCCCUUUUUCUGAUCACUSAAUUUUUCUUUUCCUUUGGCAAUGAUAAUUGCAAAAAAGCCACAACCACCAAGGGACUGUAUUACAAACUCAAAUUAAAACAUCACUUAUCCCAAACAUGGGAUAUCAUAAGUAAAGGAUUUAUGUAUCUACCAAUGUUCUUGACACUAAAUAUAACUUUCCAUUCUCACUUCCCCCCCCUUGUGUUUCUCAGUUGCCAGUGGAACACUAACCUCUGAACUGAUCACAUUUUGAAAUUGGGGAACACCCGUUUUGAUGAUCCUCAAAAGAAUUUUACUUACAGUAGAUUCUGUUAAAGGUUAACUUCCAAAAGUCCUCCUUUCUUGAUAUUUUAAUAAGUACCUAUACUUGAAUGUGAAGCUUUUUAUACGAAAUACAUAUAUUAUAUAUACACAGCCAAUACAUUAUAUAUAUGCACUAUAUAUAUAUUAUAUAUUUAAAAUAUAUAUUUAUGUGUGUGUGUGUAUAUAUAUUUAUUUCUUACUGAUCAGUUCUCACCCUGGUGUGUCAAGGACCUCUUUGCUGUGGGGUUGGAGUCCAUGUACUGCCUCUCUCUAGGGAACUGUGCUGUAACCAGCCCAUGCCAUGGUGAAACAUCCACAGCACUGCAAUGCUGGGCUGCAUUUUGCAAAUACAUUGGAGGGCUCUGUGCUGCUUUUCUGCAAAGCUGUACAUCUUUCCUCUGAAGAUUUCAUUGAGAAAUAGGAUUCCUGCUGCAUGGCAGCAUGAGUUAGCAGUUCAGGAAGGAGAAUAGUCACAGCUGUGGGAUAUCAGCUAAACCAGGCUGAUUGUCUCCACUUGAYAAGUUUGGUACCAGCUGGGGACACAGGAAAAGACAGAUUGAACACUUCAAAGCAAACAGCAAUAGAUCUUCUUUUCAUCUCAUUCAGCCUCCUGGGGAAUCAAGUAUAGAAAGAAGAGGCUGGUUGCUUAGACAAGCAGCAGCACAAUUCCCUGUUCCCAGUUGCACACGUUUGUGGGUGCUGUGCUGACCCAAAGCAUUCCUGAUGGUUCUGCCGUGGGAUGCUCCAGACUGACAACAAGUGCAGCUGAAGGGAGAGCAGUGCAACCCCUGCAUGUGCCACACCACCCUGCUCUGGCUCCUGGGCUUUAUCCACCUGCUCUGUUCCUGGGCUUUACCCACCCUGCUCUGUUCCUGGGCUUUACCCACCCUGCUCUGUUCCUGGGCUUUAUCCACUCUGCUCUGGCUCCUGGGCUUUACCCACCUGCUCUGCUCCUGGGCUUUACCCACCCUGCUCUGUUCCUGGGCUUUACCCACCUGCUCUGCUCCUGGGCUUUAUCCACUCUGCUCUGUUCCUGGGCUUUACCCACUCUGCUCUGUUCCUGGGCUUUACCCACUCUGCUCUGGCUCCUGGGUUUACCAACCCUUCUCUGUUCCUGGGCUUUACCCACUCUGCUCUGUUCCUGGGCUUUAUCCACUCUGCUCUGGCUCCUGGGCUUUACCCACCCUGCUCUGGCUCCUGGGCUUUACCCACUCUCCUUCAUAAUCUCCUGGCAGGGUCUUUGCUUCAUUUGGAUCUAUCCCCAAAUGCUCUGGAUUCCAGUAGAAUUGCUGCUCUUCAGUAUAAUCCCUGCAGGGUCUUUAGCAUAGGCCAGAUCAAAUCAAUAUUUCAGACAUACURGUGCAAACCUUUUUUCCCUUACACUUUAUGCAGUGAUAGAGUAUUUUAAAGACCAUGGAAUUAACUGUAUUUAAUGAAYUAUGAAGGCUUGUAUGUAUUAAAGUAUUUGUAUAUUUUGAAGUAUUUGAUGUCCAYAAAGUGAUGGGAUUUUUAUGUAAUAUGAUGGAAAACAGAGAAACUUCAUUUGGUGUCUAGGUUUUGGCUCUGGGUAAUAGCUAUGGAUGCAAAACAAACAAAGAAGAUGUCACUGAGGAUUGCCCAGAUCUCUUUUUGUCAUACUUUGCUACAAAAAUGUGGUGAAAUUAUAAAGGUAUUUGGACAAAGAAAACACAAGUGAUUUCCUGGCAGUCUGAGCAGCCUUUGGAUUACCUCCUGGUUAAUCAGUCAUCGUUGCUUGAUUUUGCUCCUCAGAACUACAGAUUUUUGAAAAUCUAACCCACAGUUUCCCAGGGAUAUUCACUGUUUGUCCUAAGCAACUUGACUUCCUUGUGGUCUGAAAGUGGACAUUGUGGAGGGAAAAGCUCAACUGUUUACAUAAAAUUUGACAGCUGCUGUUGACUCCUCUAAUUUUGUUGAAUUUCAAAGAAAAAAUGCCUGAUAUUGUGAACAGCUGAUAAAAUUGUACUGUUUAGCUAACAUUAAAUGCCAGCUCAGGUUGGUAGCUAUUGCAUUCAAGGACAGUUUCAUGAUUUUAAGGAAGAAAAUGAUUUUUCUUCAGUUCUCAGGGGAGCUGUGUCCAUAAGCUGUUAUUGGGGACAGUCAGAUAACAGCAGUGUCUUCCACUGUCCUGGGCAUUCUCAUGCUGUAGAGAUGGGAACUGUGAGCACAACUGUUCCUCAUCUUUGACUGUACAUUUGAAAUAUUCCUGCUUCGUGCUGAGACUCCAAAUAAAUCUCUGUCUCACAGCACAAAUCACCUGUGUGGCAUGUCCAGCAUAACACAGUUCUGUUUCAGGGGAUCUUGAGACAUCCCAGCUUAUCCUGCCAGGGUUAAAGCUUGUUUUAAUGGACUUUAGUUAGAUAUACAGAAUUAUUUCAAGCGAAUAAAAUAUGCACUUUGCAGCAUUGUCAGCCAAUUGUGGCAUUGUUCUGUGAAGAACACAYACUAAAAAUCUUCCAUUUAAGAAUUAUUACAUAGUUCUUAGGGAAAAAUCCUGAAAAAGGGUAAUCACCAUUCAUUUAUGUUUUAAUUUUGCUGUAUCACCCACAAAAGUGUAUUCAAGUAUCUCACAAAUGUUAAGCCUUAAUGAUGAUGAGAACACUCUGUUCUUAGARCUCAGAAUUUGGGUUUAUUCCUAUUUUAUUGAAAAAGCUCAUGUACUGRAAUGCCAGGGGAGGGAAGGUCUGUGGAAUAAAUCUGCAGUCACCAUGGUUUGGUUUUCCCCAGGCUGGCUGGGACAUGGCACAAGGCUGAGCUCCUCACUUGCAGCAGAUCAUGGCAAUUGGAGCCCCAGCAGAAGCUGGGAUUUAUGAGGAGCCUUCCUUACCUGGAAUAACUUCAAUAAMCAGUGCCUGAGGUUAUUGUCCUUAUCAUCAAUGAAACAGGGUACCUUUUUUUGUGCCUCCUGAAYAACAUUCCAUCUUAUCAUCUAUUGUGGGGAACUGUGAGAAAAAAUAAAUCCCCUUGAGCUCCUGAGCCCAACCUCUCCUCACCUGGCAGAGCUGAGGCCAGAGCAGCUCUGCCUGCCUGGAUCAGCACUCCCCCUACUUUUCUUAAGGUACCUGGAAGAGCUUCAAC